AUGACUAGUACAUGCGAACACAUCAACGAAUAACACAUCACUUGGUCAGUCAAGGGAUAAAUGAUAUACAAGAAUUAAUGCACUCGUUGUUUUGUGGAAGCAAAGAGUGAAAAUGGCAUAUAAGUGUGUUUGAAAUGUUUUAAUGGAGGUUGCAUUGAAAUACACAGUCCGCAACACAGUUAUUAACAUAAUCAUUACAUUGUUCUGAACAUUAGAUUAUAUGAGAUUGAAUAGCAAAAAUAGAGUGUGGAUGAAAUUACUUAAUAAGUUAUAGAAGAUAUUCCAUAACUGGACUUUGAAACAAGUGUGAUAUGUUUGAAAUGUCAGAAAAUGUUGAAUUCUCCUUAGUUGGAUGGAUUAAUUUAAUCAAUUAAAUAAACUAAUGCUACUUCAUUUGGAUUAAUAAUAGAUGAAUACACAAUUUAACCAUGUCAACAUACCUUAACUAUAUAAUAGAGACAGUUAGUUGUAAAAAAUCUGUAGAAGUGCAGAAGAUGUCGUUUAUCUACUAAUUUAUGGCUAUGUUUACAGUGUGGACAUGUUGGUUGUGGUAGAAAGAUUUUCGAUGGAUCAGGAGGAAAUAAUCAUGCAGUAGAUCAUUUUGUAGAACUUCAACAUCAUUUGGUUGUCAAAUUGGGAACUAUUACCUCAGAUGGUUAAGCCGAUGUAUUUUGCUAUAAAUGUGAUGAUGCUGUGGUAGAUAAACUUCUUAAAGAACAUCUUGCUACUUAUGGGAUCGAAAUAGAAAAAUAAGUGAAAACUGAAAAAACCAUGGCUGAAUUAACUUAGGACAAAAUUUUAGUAUUGCAAUUGAGCAAAUUGAUAGAAGAGGGGCAAGUAUUGGAUCCUAUUUUUGGACCGGGAUUUACAGGAAUUGAUAAUAUUGGAAAUACAUGUUAUAUGAAUUCAGUGAUCUAAGUAAUUUUUAGUAUACAUGAAUUUAAAUAACUAUACUCUCUAGAACAUUAAUUCAAUUGCACUAGUUUACCAUACAACUGUGUAUUAUGUCAAAUAUGUAAGGUUAAUCAUGGUCUUAAUAGUGGUGAAUUUUCAAUAAAGAAAGAAUCGAAGAAUGUACAAGGAACAUUUAGAAAUUUUUAUUAGGAUGGAAUUAAACCAUAUGAUUUCAAGCUGCUAGUAGCCUAAGGAAAUUCAAACUUCCUCUUUAAUCAUUAAUAAGAUGCAUAGGAAUAUUGGCAAUUAUUAAAUUCAUUCUUUCAGAAAACUGAAAAACAAUUUAAGUUACCAUAAUUAUCUUCUAUCUUCUCAUAUGAUUAGACUACUAUUUUAAAAUGUGAGAAUUGCGGGGGACAUAAAGUUAAUGUAGUUAAAAAUUAAGAGUUUAAAGUCCCUGUUGAAUAACCUACUUAAGAUUAAAUUGAUCUUUAUCGUAAACAAGAGAAAUAGAAAUAUGAGGAGAGAAUUAAAACAAUGAAACCAGAGGAUAUUAAACCAUUCUCAUUAAAAGAUAUACCUGAGUAUGUCACAACAUUCGAAAGGUGUUUGCAACUAGUGAAAGAAGGAGAACGUGUAGACAUAGUCUGUCCUUCAUGUUAAUCCCUGUAAUCAUUUAUCAAAUAAGAAUACUUUAAGACUUUCCCUAAAUAUCUCUUUGUACCUGUUAACAGAUUUGUCUAAGAGAAUUGGGUUCCUAAGAAAUUGAAUGCAUCAAUAAAGAUCAAGGAGAUCUAUGACUUUAGUGACUUCAAAGAACCUGUGCUCUAAGACAAAGAUGCAAUAAAAGAGUAAACUGAAUAGGAAUACACAGAAGAUACCUUACAAAUUUUGAUGGGAAUGGGAUUUGGUGAGAAUAGAUGCAAACGAGCACUCAUCAAAUUUAAGAAUGAUAUUGAAGCUGCUAUGAUUUUUAUUAUGAAAUCACUAGAUGACCCAACUCAAGAUCAACCAUUGAAAUAGAAAGAACAAAUAAAUGAAAAAUUCAUUGAAUAAAUAGUUAUAAUGGGAUUCAGUCAUGACUAAGCCAGAUUCGCUUUAUCUAAGACAGAUAAUGAUUUGAAAAGAGCAAUGGAUUAUAUAUUUAAUCACGACUUAGAAGCUGAGAUGAAUCAGACACAAGCGAAGUAGUAAUAACAGAAGUAGGAUCAAUUUGAUAAUCAAACAUCAAAAUACUAAUUGUUUGCGUGUAUAGUCCAUUUAGGAAAAUCUGUUCAAAGUGGACAUUAUGUGUCUUACAUUAAAAAGAAUGGAGAAUGGAUUCUGUACAAUGAUUCUAAGGUUGCCAAGAUAGCUGAUCCUGCUUUAAACAAGGGUUAUAUGUAUAUCUUCAAGAGACUAGAUUGA